AUGUCGUCCACAAGCAAGAACGGCGCAAACGGCAGCAAAAAGUCGUCUUCGGGCGGCAACAAAUCCAGCUCUAGAAACGGCGCCUCCUCGAGCAGCUCAAAAGGCACCAAUACCUCCAACACCACUACUAGUGCCAAGGUCCCGGAGCCGACGCAGUGCGGCAUCUGCAAGGAAUGGUACGCGCUGGGCGAUGACCACACCUGCGACCUGAACGACCCGUAUGCGGGCUACUAUGCUUGA